UGCCACCAGCCAUAGGGAAAUGAAGAAGAAGAAGAAGAAUAUUCCAAAUAAGGACCCUAUGUUGUAUUCAGUUCAUUGAUUGCGCAGUAACAAUAUUAAAGGAGCGGCAAAGGUUGACUUUAUGUUGAUGCCAUUUCUCAGCAAUGAAAGGAAGUGUGAAACGAAAGGUACUGACAUCUGGAAGGCUGCCAGGUGGCGGAGCCAAAGUGCAGCAGGCCAGGAAACGAGCCACCUUUCCAGGACGAAAGGAACCGGCAUUCUCUUUGUAUUCCACUGAGCCUCAAGACCAGGUGGCCAGUCUUCACUCAGGGCUGGAUCGUUGUGCUGUUUUACUCUCUGGGAUGCUCCAGGCGGACAAGGCAGAACCUGUGACACACCCUCCCAAAGCAGUGAAUGGUGGCACAGACAAAUCUAAAUCAUCCACUGGACCGGGGAAAAAGACCAGCAAAAAAUUCCCUCCAAUGACAGAAAAGAGUUCUAAUCAGGUCCCAAGAGCAAAAUGUCAUCCUCCAGUUUCACAGUCAGGAGUGAAGGAAGGGCACACCCUCCGACAGUCUCACUUACUUCCAUCACUGAGGGCGUCUCAGCCGCUUCACGGGUCCGCCCCCUCCCAGCCCUUGACCUCCGUCCUUCUAUCUGUGACUCAGUCUGAAUCUGUGCUCCACGCCACCCACCCAUCAAGUCAACGGACUCGAGGUCAGACCGACUGCCAGUCAGUAGGCGGUUACCAGAGAGCCUCCUUCAAUGGUGAGGAUGUUGAUUCUGUUCCUGUGAAAGACACAGACAUCCAAAGUGAUAUACGCUUGAGCGUGCAUGCCAACGACAAGGUUGACCAUGGUCAGUUGUGUGACACCUAUCACGACACACACAGUGGGGAGGACAUUCGUGCAGGCAAACUAAGGACUAUUGAGUAUCUUCUGGGAGAACUCAAGACUUUGAUAGCUGGAAAAGGCAGUAUUGCAGAGCGGUUGCUCAGUCAUCUGGAAAUCACAGUGUCGUCACCGCAGAUGAACUCCAAUGAUUUCGACGCUGAAAAAUUAGCAGACCUGCAGGCGCUGCACAUCCAGAACGCUCAGCUUCACAGACGAGUGGCGUUUCUGAACAAACAGUUAAAGGACAAAGAGGGACAACAUAAUACUGAAACCUUGUGUACCUCAGAAGUGCUUAGUCUGCCAGAGGAUCUUGCUGACGCUCAAUCCCGACUGCAGGAGAUUCAAGUCAUCCUUGCAGAAGUGCGGAAAUCUCUUCUGGACACAAAGAAACAGUUGGGUGACAGUGAGGCACAGAAUGCACUGAUGAAAUCUGAUUUACAGACCAUGAGAACCAAAUUUGUCCAAAGUGAGCAGGCAAAGAGCGAACUGGCCUCACUUGCCCAGCAAAGACUGGAAAAGAUAAAAAACCUUGAGAGGAUUAUUAAGAGUGGCGACGUAUCAGAGUGUGACACAGUUGUUGACCUUGCGAUGUCUGACGCAGCACUCAAGGAGCAAUAUGACCAGAGCAGUGCCAGUGAGCGCAUCACUAAAUAUCUGAUGACUCUGGACCAGCCGGAGGCCUCGCACAUUGGUGGGAAUGUACACAUGGCUGCAGAAAGGGAAGAAAACACACCAGACGAAGCAAAAAUGAGCUCAACCCUGCUGGGAAAACCAUACCUUCAUCUGGAACGGACACACAGUGAUGGUUUUGAAGGACUACGAUUAUCAGAGCAGCAGAUGGCAGAAGAGGGCCACCGACUGUUUGACUCACUCCUCUCUGAGGGAAAGGUAGAUGCUAUGUCAACCGACUGCAGUAUGAGGUCCGUAUCGACCUUUGACACCAGAGAUGAGGUGGCAUUCCGAGAUGGCUUGGCAGCUCUGGAUGCCAGCAUAGCCAGUCUGCAGAAAACGAUCAAACAGGAUUUAGGAAGAUGAUUUUACUUGUCAUGGUUUACUGGCCUGGCCUAAAGUGUGGGUUCAAUUAAAUGGUUCUCUUUAUGUGCUCUGUGAUUGACUGGCAACCAGUCCAGGGUUCAGCUCCCGGUGACCCUGAACAGGAUAUGUGGUAUAGAAAAUGGAUGGCUGGCUUUUCUUUUUUCUUUUUUUUUUUUAAAUGUGACACAUUUAUGAUUAUUAAAACUUAUUUUGACUAUG